CGCGCUCGAUCCGCACGAACGUGUUCUGUUAGUGUUGCACUUCGCAUCGGUCUCGUUGUGUGCGUGCUGUGCGUCCGCGUCUGCGAGUGACAGUGUGUGUGUGAGUUUUGUGCGUGUUAUAUUAAUUGUUGUUGAUACAUUCAUACACUUUGUUAACCAAACCAAAGAGCACAUUACCUGCUGCACCUGCACAUCAUAAAAUGCACAGUAAGAAACAGCAGCAACAGCCACAGCAACAAAAACAACCGCAGGCAACUGCAAUGCCGGCAUAAACAACGUAAUGCAUUACGUUGUCCGUGUGCCGUUUAUCUUUGUAAAUUAGUGCGUGUGCCGCUCUCAGUCUCUCUCCCUCCUCCCCUGUCUGUCUCUCACUCUCGCUCACGUUGUGGCCAAAUUUAUUUACGGUACCACGCAAAGCAAAGUGCAAUAAAAUCAGCAACAACACCAACAGCAAAAGCCGGCUUCGUCAUAAAGUCCAUCGAUUGUGCGUCGUGUGAUAAACGUGUGCGUGUGAUUGAUUGUGACAAAGCCUUAGCAACACAUAAACAACAAAGCAACAGCAACACCAACAGCGACAAAAUGUUUCCAGCGAAGCGUUGUCAACGACAACAGGCAAAUAUGAAAGAUCUGCACUGCAGUUCCCGAAGAACAGCAAGAAAUACCGCCUACCUUGUGAUAUUCCAUAGUCUGCUCCUGUUGCUGGUAACAGCAGCAGAGGGCCAGCUCCAAGAGGGCAGUUCCUUAGCUGGCGCCCAAAUAGCCGCAUUGGCGGCGCCUGGACCCAUUCCUGGUCCGGGCGGCUCCUCCGCCGGAGCGGCUGGUGUCUCCUCGAUCAUCGAUCAGUUCAGCCCCAACUGCAGCGCCGUUUCGCACAUUUUCCAGGGGCGAGGCAUCGAUGCCAAUGAAAUACCGCAAAAACCCAGCAAUGAACGUGUGCUGCGCUACUGUGAAUCGCCCUCGGUGGGCACCUGCUGCACCUACAACAUGGAGACGCGCAUGGCGGGCCAGUCACGCCAGCAGUUGGAGUGGCACACCAAGGAGCAGAUAUCCAAGAUGUCGGGUCUACUGGCUGGCAAGGCAACCAAAUUCAAUGAUAUUUUUCGCAAAUUGCUGCUGGAAUCGAAGGAACAGUUCCACACGAUGUUCAUGCGGACAUAUGGAGUGAUCUAUCAGCAGAAUUCGUAUGUCUUUUCGGAUCUGUUCAACGAACUGGAGAACUACUAUGCGCGCGGUCGGGUCGAUCUAUUGGAUGUGAUGGACAAGUUCUUCACCACGCUCUACCAAAAGAUGUUCACUGUGCUGAAUGCGCAGUAUGCCUUCAACGAUAAAUACAUGCAAUGCGUCAGCGAGCACAUGAAGGAACUGAAGCCGUUCGGUGAUGUGCCCGACAAGCUCUCGGUGCAAAUCAAACGCUCCUUUGUGGCCACCCGCACCUACGGCCAGGCGCUGAUCACCGCCGCUGAGGUCUCCAAGAAGAUAUUGCAAAUUCGUCUCAAUCCGGACUGUACCGGUGCGCUGACCAAAAUGCAGCACUGCGGCGCCUGCAAGGGCUAUACGGAAAAACCCUGCACCAACUACUGCGUCAACGUGAUCAAGGGCUGCCUGCACUACCUGCACGAGUUCGACACCGAGUGGGAGAACUUUGCCCUGGCCAUGGAUAAGGUGGCCGAACGCAUGCUCGGCUCCUUCAACAUUGUGAUGGUUGUGGAGCCCAUAAACAUCAAAAUCUCCGAGGCAAUCAUGAAUUUCCAGGAUUCUGGUCAGGACAUCACCAGUCGCGUGUUCCAGGGCUGUGGCAAGCCCACUUUGGGACGUGCCAAGCGCUCAAUUAGUCCCAAAAUGCUGCUGGCGCCAUCUGCCGCCGCCGUGCAGGAGCUGCGUGCGCACAGCACUCCGGAGGCGGACACGUUGGACAUCGAUGCCACUUUGGAUGAGGCGAUUGUGCUGCGUGAGCGGCGGGCAGCCGAGCCUGGCUCGCAGGACUCGUCGGCACAGCAGUCGCAGGAGCAGGGUAAUGGUAAUGGCAAUGGCAAUGGUGGCGGCAACAGGCGUCAGCAGCAACGCCGCAAGCAGCAGCGACGCAAGCAACAGCAGCAGAACAAUCGCAACGACAACGACGACGACGAUGGCGACAGCAACGGCGGCAGCAGGGAGCCCAUUCUGGACAAGAUUGUGCGGGACAUUCGCCAGCGUGUGAAGGACUACAAGAAGUUCUGGUCGAACCUGCCGCACUCGAUGUGCAGCAAUGAGGACAUCGCCACCUCAUCCGAUGUGGACGGCAUGUGCUGGAACGGGCACACCAUAGACAGAUAUAUGCACUCGGUGACCACGGAGCACGGCUCGAAUCCUGAGUUUAACGGCAAUCCGGCGAGCCCUCGCCAAACGGCGCAGAUAUCCACGCAGCUGUUCCAUCUGAAGAACGCCAUCAGCCACUUGCGAAACGCCUACAAUGGUCAGGAUGUGGACUGGAGCGAGCAGGAGGAACCAUAUAUGGGCAGUGGCGCUGGCUCCGGCUCUGGGUCCGAGGAUGACGAAGAUGAUGAUGAGGGCUCUGGCCUAGGUCCGUUCGAGCCCAGCCACAAGCCGGACGUGGAUCAUCCGUCGGUGCGCGUCAAUGCUGAGAACGACGAUGAUGAGGAUACCAAUCCGUCCGUUACCACCCACACAUCGCGUCCCAAUGUGGAUGAUAAGAACCCGCUGGUGCACACCACGCACCUGGACCACGAUAAUAACGAUUUAGAUGAUCCGCUCAACAACCACGAUGUUGAGGAAGACGAAGAAGACUCCGUCCCCGACUCGUCGUCAGGUGGCACCAGAGGCACCUCCAGCGCACCGGAGAAGAUGACGCUGCGUCGGGCUCUGGUCGUCUAUCUGCUGCCCCUUUAUAUGGCGUGGUUCGGCGGCGUAUGCGCCGAUUUGCUGUGAUUUUACAAAACGCUGCCCCCAAC